CGGUAGAUUUGAUUGGUCAACGCCUAUUUUUUCCUGUGGCGCUAACAGGUGCUAGUUUUGAAAAUGUAAACAAAAGCUUACAUCAGUGAAAAGACAAAAGUUGACACAGUUGUUUUAGACGAUUCUCUUAACAACAUUUCAAAGACGUACAGUAACCAUUUGGAUAACACAGGAUGAGACAACCCAAUAUUUAUAUUGUACCAGACUGUGAUAGGACAGAGCUGACGACAGAUAGUUAUAAUGCUAUAUUGAACUAUGUAAGGGACGAGACAUGUUCUAAAGAACCUGUGAUUAUUUGCUGUGAUACAAUAAAAGAUGAGCAACAUUACACCUUAACAGAGUUUGUGAUGACCAUGUGUCGUAAACAUGGGAUCCUAAAGAAUGAACGAGUAACUUUAUUGUCAUCCAUGGAUCAGAUGGUGGCUGUACAGCUUUGUUUGGCAGAAAAAAAUAAACAGGAUAUUGGUGACUAUGACGUAGAAUCUAGUACAGCUAUACACCAGUGUAAUACUCUGAUCAAACAGAAACUAUCAACAUGUACACCAGAUAUAAAGUUAACACAGACAGUGGAUGAUUGGCUAGAACAGGACUAUACACAGUUCCUUAGCAACUGUAACCAAGUAGAUAUGUGUGAUAUAUUACAGCUGUUAGUUACUGGGUUUGACAAGAAUGAAAACCUCAAAAACGAUCUUCUGUCUACAGAUAUUAUUGUGUUGGGUCUUCCAUCACAUCAAAUACAGAAAUAUAUGCUGAAGUUUUUGUGCAAUGGGAGAACUAUAAAUAAAAUAACAAUGGAGACAUCUUUAGAAAAUAACAGUAACAUAAGAGUUUUAUCUGUGCCAACAUCAUUAGAAGAGAUACAACUCAGUUCCACUCAGGAAUUCUCUGCCAGUAAAAAUCUUUCUAUAACAGAGUCCUACGUGAAGAUGGUUCUGCAGUCUUAUUUAGAAUUAUUGGUGAACACUAGAUCUGAGUUAGCUCUAGCUCGAGUUCUCAAUGUACCAAACAGAGAACUCACACAUGAAGCAUUUACAGAGCUUAAACGAGAGGCAAAGACAAAAAAUAUGACAAUGUAUCAGACGGCUGUAUCAUACAUAUUGAAGAUAAGAUUGGGCGGUAAAGGAUAUGCCCCUGACCCUAGUCAUCCAUUGUUACAGUUUGUUAAAGGGUUGGGAGAAUUUGUUGAUCUGAUGCAUAGGUUACAGAAUGUUAUUGAAGAGGAGUCAAACACAAGGUCAGCCUGUCGUAAAGUAGUAAAUAUCAUAAAGAAAGAACUUCUAAGAUCAACAGAUACCAAGUUAAGACAGAGUAGUAUAGAGACCGUUAGUGAUAGAUUACAGGAGCAGAUUAAACUGGUUAUUGACCAGACCGAGAGGAACAAGAUGUCUAGUCCAGAUAAAUCUGUCAGUAAUGGAGGAAGUCUGUUGGGAAGGAAAACAUUGACAGCUUUACGUUACAUCACAGAUAAAAUACUGACACAACAGGACCAGUCUCAAUCCAUUGAUUAUUUAUGUGACGGUUUCUCCAGUCAGAAAACACCAAUUAGAUUCCCUUCACUGUUAUCACAAUUCAGAUCUCCCGAUGAAAAUUGUGAUGAUGAUGAAGAGAAUUCAGACCUCAGUUUAUCACUCUCAGAAAGAUUAGUGAAAAGACAAUCUGGGGUUUCUUUGGAGAUAACUCAAUCAUACCAAGCCUCCUAUGACUGGGCUUUACCAGCUCAUCAUGUAGGUCUCCCUAACAAAGAUGAUAUCUGUCAAACAAAUAGUCCAGUUGUAGUCCUGCCCAGUAAAACUUUGGCUCAUCCUGCUUCUGCAUCUAAGGCAGGUUUAGCAAAGAAGAUUUUAGAAUCGAUACGUGAUCAGGAAAAUAUACAGAAAAUACAAAUUACAAAGACUUUUGGUGAAACAUGUAAACCCAAGUCUGUAGAUGUGGUAUCUAGUCAACCAACAAUUGAACUUUCAAGUCAGACAUCAGAUGAAACGAAGGGGAAUGUAGAGAAAGGGGGAAAGAAACGUAAAAACACUGAAUCAAAUGCUCCAGCAAAGAAAAAGUCCAAAACAGAAACAAAGUCUUGUCGAAGAAAGUUACUACCUCAGGUGAAAGGUCAACAACAGCUGUCUACAUUUUUCCGUGUGUAAUCAUUCCAGUGAAGUUCAUAAUUUAUUAUAGAAUUACUAAUAUUGUAGUUGAAUGAUUUUAGAGUCAUGCAAUUUAUAUUACAUAUUUAUUCAUUAUAAAUUUGAUAUUAAAUCAUAUAUAGGGUAACUAGUCUGUUUGAAAGUAUCAUGGUUAGUGUGUGUGUAUGUUUUAAUAAAGAUGAAUAAUCAUACCAGCUAUGUCACCACUGAAUUUAAAGGUUUUUAAAAUAUGUUGUUGUUUUUUUAUUUCAAUAUAUUUUUUUUAAUAUUCAGACUGGCUUUUUAUUUUUUACCAUUUGUUUGUUUCUUUUUAUCUAGAUAUAACUUCCACAAAGACUUCUUCUAUGUCAUUAUUUUGAGAGGUCACUGUCUCUAUGAAAUAAAAUCCUCCUAGUCAUUCUUCAUGAAACAAUAUUUAAAGAACAUAAUGAUGAAAACACCAACCAAAGAUCUGAGCCCUGUUUUAAAAAUCUUCAUAUAUUUUAAUUAUCAUUAUUUUUAAAUUUCUUCAAUAAAACCUGCUUUUUAUUUAACUAAUCAUGUGAGGCUACUGUUCUUAAAGAUGAAGUUAAAAGAGAUUGCUGAACUGUUUGUGAUAUCAUGAAAUUUAUUAAACUGUAAUUUAUUAUCAAAUAUGUGACCACAGAACAAUGAAUAUUUGUCUUCAUUGUUUUUCUUUCUUUUGUGUGUUUUUUAAGUUUUUAGGUUGUAUUUAUUUUACCUCACAAUAUUUGUGUAUAAGGUUUAUAUUUAUUAAAAAAAUGUAUAUUGUAGUUGUGUAUAAAUUUGUGUUUUUGAAAUAAAAGUGCAAUAUUUA